AUGGGAUUGGAGAAAAUUGAGGUGGAGAACUUCAAGUCAUAUCGUGGAAAGCACCUGAUAGGGCCUUUUGAUAGGCUGACGUGUGUGAUCGGGCCAAAUGGAUCUGGAAAAAGCAAUGUGAUGGAUGCGAUCACGUUCUGUCUUGGUGUUGGGGCAUGGCGCUUGCGAACAAGUAGUGUGUGUGGCGUGAUCAAUGAUGGAAGCGGAUAUGCAAGCGUGACACUGCAUAUUGCAACGAAAAGCGGAGCAAGGGCAUUGUGUAGGCGUGUGGAUGCAGGCGGAAGGAGUAGCUAUGCUGUUGAUAGCAAUGGUGUUGGAUAUGACGAAUUCCAAGAAGCAUUGCAGCAGAUGAAUGUGAUGAUGGAUGCACGGAACUUUAUGGUAUUUCAGGGGGAUGUUGGAAAGGUUGGGAGGAUGGCACCGAUGGAGAUUACGAGAUUGUUUGAAGAAAUGAGUGGUAGCAGUGAGUACAAAGAUGCAUAUGACGAGAAGGCGAGAAUACAAAGCAAGGCGUUGAAUGAUUGUGCGAUGCUUUUUGAGGAAAGAAAGGAUCUGUGCAUAAGGAUGAAAGAAGCGCAGGAGGUUAAAGAGCAAGAAGAGGAGUUUAGAAGGAUGAUUGCGAGAAAGGCAAGCCUGCAGAGGGAGAUGGUUAUUCACGGGUUGUAUCGUAGGGUGAAUGAGAUUAAUGAAGUAUGCAUAAGGAAGCAAGGCAUUGAUGAGGAGACCAGGGAUGUGCAGGGGCGUAUUGACUGCAAGGAGAGGGAGAUUGUGGUGUAUAGAGCCAGGAUUAAUGAGGCACGUAGGGAGUAUUUUGAGGCUAGUGCGCGAGUUUCUAAGCAGCGAGAGCAGAUUAAAGAGAAAAGAGCGAUUGCGUGUAAGAAUGAGCAUGAUGAGGAGAGUAGAAGAACGCAAGUAAUCGAUAUUGAGCAUAGAAUGAAAGUCAAGCAAGAGAUCAUGGCAGAGAAGACGAAGGAGCUUGGAAAGCGAAGCAAGGAGCUUGAAGAGGUUUGCAGGGAGAGUGAAAGAUUGGAGAUGAUGGAGUGUGAGAGAAUGCAGGCACUGGAGUAUGCAGGGCUGAUUGAAGGAUUAGAUGAAAGCGAAAAGACAAUGCAAAGCAUGUGUGGAAGUGAUAUAAAGAUGUUGGAUUCGCUUGAUUUGGAGAAGUAUCCAAAGAAGGUUCUGGAAGGGGAAUGCACAGCGAGGUUGAGUAUGCUGAGGGAGAAGAGUGAAGAGUACCGGGAGAGCCUAAAUGAAAGAGCGAAUGCAAGAUCGAAUGUGAUAUUGAAGAUAAGCAGUCUGGAUGAGUCGGAGCAGAGGCUUAGGGAGAAGAUUGCUAUUCAUGAGACAAAGUAUGACAAGCUUGUUGGCGAAGAGAAAGAGCAGAAUGCAAGACUUACAGAGCUGUUGGGCGAGAUCCUUAGGAUUAGGGGAAGGAAAAGAAUUGACAGUAAACGGUCUGUAAUCAAGGCAACAGUGGGUACGCUUAAAACGAUGUUUCCAGGAGUAUAUGGAUGUGUGGUUGAUCUUAUACGCCCUACGCAGGACAGGUAUGAAGUAGCACUAUCGAUGCUUUUUGGAAGCCAUGACUUGUCUGUUGUGGUUGACAGCGAGGCCACAGCAGUUUCGUGCAUUAACUUUGUGCGAGACAAGAGAUUAUGCAAAAUGACGUUUCUUCCACUGCAAAGCAUGUACUGUGAUGGAAAAGGCACUGGCGAUGCUUUAAAGGAGAUCAGGGCGAUUGAGGGAGUGCGCAUGGCAAGGGAUACGGUGGCAUAUGAUCCAAAGUACAAGAAGGUUGUGAUGUAUUUGCUGAGCGAUAAGCUGAUAUCUGAUGGCCUGGAAGUGUCAAGGCGCAUAUGCUAUGAAAGGGGGCUGAGGAUGAGUGUGUGCAGCUUAGAUGGGGUGUAUAUUCACGGAGGAGGAUGCCUGAUGACAGGAGGAAGAUGCCAGAAAAACCGAUUUGAUGAGGACGAGCUUGAUAAGCUGAUGAGGAGUAGAGCAGAGGUGCUUUGCGAGCUGAAGAAGAUUCAUGACAUGAAAGGCGAGUUUUCGCAUGUUGAGAUGUGCAGAGAAAGAAUAUCGGUAUGUAAUGAAAGCAAGUGCAUGGCGAUUGAUGAGCUGAAGAGAAUAGAUGCGGAGAUUGACGAAUGGAAAAAGAAACUUGUGGAGAUAGAUAGGCAGGAGAAGGCUAUUGCGGAAGACUUAGAUAAGCUGAGCAAAGACAUCCGUGCUCUGGAGCAAAACAAGCUGAUGCUGGAGGAUAAGCUUGGCGAGAUAGAAUCCAAGGUUUUUGAGGGUGUGUUUCCCAAUACGUACUUUGGGAGUUACAAGGAGUACAAGGAGGCCAAGUCGAAUGAUGUGUUUACGCGAAGGCUUAUUGAGUGCGAAGGAUUGAAGCUUAGGAUUAGAGGUAGGAUUGCGUUGGUGGAGCAAGAGAUGAAAGGCAUUGCAGAAGAAGUUGAGUUGAUGAAGGAGGAAAGAGAAUGGCUGGGCAGAAGUAUCGAGGGAGAUGCAAUUGACAUGGAGGUGAUGAGUAGAAAGCUUAUUGAUCUUGAGAGCGAGGAGAGCGCCAAGGCUAAGGAAAUAGAUAUGAUUCGCAAUGAAUCGAAAGACAUGAACGACGAUUUCCGAAAGCUAGUAUGCAAGCGGAACGAGCUUGAUAAGGAAGCAGUGAACUGCAUGUCUGCGAAAGAGCGUCUUGAAGAGGAGGUUAAGAACACAAUGAUGUUUUCUGCAAUGGAGGAGAUUGCGAUUCCUUAUAUUGGCGGCGAGAUGUCGAUGGAGAAGAUCGACUUUUCUGGAGUGUCUGGAGAUGCAGAGCAGUUGGAAAGAGAGUUUGAGCAGAUCAAUAUGAAGAUGGAAAGGCAUGCGCCGCUGAAAAGGAUGGAAAGCACCGAUAAUGAUAAUGAUCGUUCCAGGUACAUGAGGAUCAACAGUGAAUACGAAAGGCUCAAAGACGCAGCAAUCAAGGCAAAGAGCGAAUUCAACGAUGUCAGGAAGAAGCGAGCUACCAUGUUUCUUGAUUGCUUUGAGAAAGUGAACAAGGAGGUGUCAAGGAUAUACAAGGCACUUACCACAACUGACACAUCGGAGGGAAAUGCAUAUUUGGUUCUUGAGAACCAAGCAGAGCCCCAUAAGGGAGGUGUUGGAUUCCACUUGAUGCCACCAAGCAAGCGAUUCAGAGAAAUGAGGUUGCUGUCAGGGGGAGAAAGAACCAUGGCAACGCUGUCCUUGCUGUUUUCAUUUCAUUCAUAUAGGCCUGCACCUUUCUAUGUGUUUGACGAGAUAGACUCUGCAUUGGAUAAAGAAAACGUCGCAAGAAUCAUAUCGUUUAUGCUUUCAUGCAACACACAGUUUAUUGUGAUUACUUUGCGGCCAACAAUAUUCCAGCACAGCGACAGUCUUAUCGGAAUAUACAAGGAUCCGUAUGCCCAUUCAAGCAGAAUCCUCACAUACAGGCUGAAUAGUGAAUAUUAA